UCCUCAUCACCCCUUCUGGAACUUACUGACACAGUUGUGGAGCCCAAGGUUUCCUGCAUAAGCACUGUGGUAUAUUAGGUUGUUAUGGAAAGGUGGGCUUUGCCUCUUCCUCUGCUCUGAAAAACUGAGGGCUUUGUUUGGUGCUUUGGAAAUAAAUGCAGACUCUGACUACCAAGGCUAGGAUCUGUAUCUUGAGUGUGUAAAAAUGCCAAACCUGUCACCCUGAAAACGCCAGAGCCUCUGGGGCCUAAAUAGAGAGUGCAAUGUUUUGGACUUACCCUUGGCUGAUUCCAGGAAGCUUUUUCUUACCCAUUUUUUGAACUUCUUUCAAGGUUCCCAGCUUGAAAAGUUGGGAAGUUAGCGAAGUCUGCUGUGUAUGUUGACACUUCUAAGCCCAGUUCAUUUCCAGUGUAAAUCCCUUAAGGUCACGUAAAACCAGGCACUACUCCUUGUUUAAGCCAGAUGCAGACACUUUCCAAGUCACUUGGCUCCUGUUUCUUGCCUAGUAGUACCUUCUUCUUCUCUGUGGUUUCAAAGUAAAGAGCAGCUUGAAUUUUUUUUGGUUCAGCUCAUGCCAAAUGGUUAUUUGAGGUGAGUGGACAACUUGAACCUUAUUCUCUGAAUUAGGCCAGAAGAAUCCAUGGAGAGAUACAAGAUUAAUGAUAAGUGGGAUACUAUAAAGAGAGGUGGCAGGUAUUAGUGACAGGUGGUUAUUAGUGUGCCAGCAAUUUCCAACUUAACUACCAUACUGCUACUAUUUUCCAGCAGAGAGGCCUUAAAAAUAUCCAGAUCUUUCUGACUUCCAAUAGCAGCACUACAAGAAUUUAAACGCAAAAAUUUAGAGAGCAAAUAUUUGCCUUCCCAGCUUCCAUAGAUUUCACUCAAUUGGCCUUCAACUGGUCACGUCACAACCUCCCACUCACAAUCUCCAAUGGAAGAAGUCUACAUUUAGUAACAUAAAUACUGGCUAGUUUAUCUCAUACCCAUGUCAAGGUGAGCUUGUUGUAUAAAGACACCAAUUUCCUUUGUCACCAGUCUGUCAAGUCUUGCAAGAAUGAAGUUCCUGGCCCUGCUUUUCCUGCUGUCGGUGGGCGCAGCCAGCGCCGAUUUCUCUUCUCGGGCCGUGUGGCUGUUCCGCAAGAUGAUCAAGUGCACGCUGCCAGGCAGCCACCCGCUGCUGGAGUUCAACGGCUACGGCUGCUACUGCGGCUUGGGAGGCAGCGGGACUCCAGUGGACGAGCUCGACAGGUGCUGCCAAGUACAUGAUAACUGCUACACACAGGCAAUGGAAUUAGAAUCAUGCAGAUUCCUCCUGGACAACCCCUACACUAAGUUCUACAGGUUCAGCUGCUCCAACAGCCAGAUUACAUGCAGCAACAAGAACGACGAGUGCUCCAUGUUCAUCUGCAACUGCGACCGCACCGCUGCCAUGUGCUUCGCCGAGGCGCCCUACAACCCCGACCACCAUAAGCUGGACACAGACAAAUACUGCAAAUAA